AGGAGGGGGGAGGGGGGCUGGAGAUUGGCGGAAGGGGAGGGAUGAAGUUCCUUCUCCACUGUAGUGGCAGAGAGAUCUCUUCCCCAAGUCCUGCAUCUGCCCCUCUGACGUAAAGAACUGGUUCCGCCCCUCUGCUAGUAGCAGCCAAUCCUCAACCUCCCUUUAAGCCUCCGGUCCGGUCAAGAUGGCGAAGACGCUCGCGAAGGCCCUUGCUCAGUGCUAGUGCCGGUGUCCUCCCCCGCCCCCACCUCCCGUGAAAGAUGUGACGGGAGAAGAGAGAAAAAGAAAGCGCGGCGGGAGGGGGAGGCCUCGGCCGAGGGACAAUGCUCAGUCGGCGGAGGAAGCUCAGGGAAUCUCCCGGCCCCAAAGAGACUCCGGCCCCGCCGCCUCCUCCAACGCCGCCGACCCCCUUGGCCAGGGACGAGGAGAGGCCGCCGAGUAGGCGGUUGCGGGGCCGGCGGCGGGUGCUGAGAGAAGUGGCCGUGGCUUCGGAGAGCUGUGCUUCUGUCAAUAAAAGAACCGAGGAAAUGUGCUUGUAUAAAACUCCAAAGAGAUUGUUAAAAACCAGUUUUCGAUCACCUAUCUUCAGUUCCCCUUAUAAUGAUAUUGAUGGACAGCAAGAAAUAUUUUGGGAUCCAAAUUCUCCAACAACCUGUCAAUUAGAUGAAAGAAGAAAUAAACAACAUGACAGGAGAUGUAGUGUUGCAAUUUCAGAUAUUGUUAAUCGUAUUGCUCCUCAGGAUGAAAAACCAACAACAGACUCCCUUCUAGAUAUGUGGAUUGGUGAAGGUGCAAUUCCAUGUACUCCUGAUAUAACAAAAAUAAAGUCUAGAACAAAAACCAGCUAUAUAAGGUUUAAAGCACAAAGUAGUGAAGAAGAACUUAUAAAAUUGGCUAAACAAUUUGAUAAAAACAUGGUGGAGCUAGAUGUAAGGCAAGAACAAGAAAAUGAAACUUGUGAUUUUGUCCAGACAAUUUCAGAAGCAGAGAUGUCAAAUAAUUGCAAAGAAGAUGCACAGAUACAGGAUCUGCAGUCAGUCUCUGAUAAAGUCCCUGAAACAGAUAUUGCUGUGAUAAUGAAAGAGAAUUCCAAUAUCUCUAGGGAAGAAAAUUAUAAAAAUAACAGUCAAACUACUUUUGAUCCAAAUGCUGAAGCAGCCCUUACUGCUCUUUUUGAUGGUUCAACACAGAAAUGUAGUGGCCAGUUAAGCCAAGGUCUGUCUAAUGUUUCUUUUACUACCACUCAUAAUAUCCAUGGCAAGAAUAACACUUUGAAAGAGGAGAUAGAAAAUUCUACUGAAACUGUGGUCAUCGAGAAACACGUGAAUAAAAUUUCACACCAACAAAACCUGACUCCAUUGUCAGUUACUUCUGCAUCAGACUCCCUUUUAAUGGCAAAGUCAAAUGUAACUUCCUCUUUUGCAAAGUCAGAGAUUUUCAGUAAGCCUGGGAAGGUAGAUGUUAGCAUUGAUUUUGACGAUGAUGAUGACUGGGAACACAUGCUAGCAGAUGAUGCUUUUGUUAUGCAAAUUUCUCAAGCCCCUGAACUUUUAACUACUUCUGAAACAUCUCAACUAAUUCUUCAGAAAGAUAUUUGCCUAUUAACUGCCAAUAAAAAUGAUAAAGCUAAGGUAGGACUAAAUGGAAAUUUGUCUAUUGGUAAAAGUCUUUCAAAAAACUUACAAGACCUUCCUUCAGAGACAAAUAACAAAGAUUUCCCUGCUCCUACAAAAACUCUAUUUCCUCCAAAGCCAAAUAAUGAGUCCACGGAAUUGGAAUCUACUGAGAAUGAUAUGAAGUUUGAGAGAAAUUUCAAUAAGACAAGUUUUCCCAACAAAAUUCCAGAUUAUCCUGAGCUUUCUAUUGCAUCUAAUAUUCAAAAGGCAAAGGAACUUAAUUGCCCUAAAUUUGGACCAGAUAUAAAAGUUUCUGCAAAGGAGUCUGCUUUGGUGAAAAGACAUACCAAUCAUCAAUUACAAACUGGAGGAGACAGAGAAAACUGGCCUAAUUGUUAUCAGUCAUUGAAUGUGCCUGCUAAAACAAAUCCUAAUAACUCUACAAGAAUAUCUAGCAAAACCAGUUUUCAUAAUUUAAAUCAGAAGGAUGCAGCACAGCAGUGUUCUGUAUUUGAUGACUGGAAUGAUCCUAAGCUUGCUACUGAAGUUAUUGAAGCAUGUCAUGAAUUAGAGAAAUCUUGGGAUGCAGAUGAUGAUGAUGAUGAUGAUUUGCUUUACCAAGCAUGUGACCAUGUAGAAAAGCUUACCCAGCAACAGGACUUAAAAAAAGACAACAAAGAGUCUGAAAAUAAGCAAAUGGUCAAUUAUAAUUCCUCUUUGGGGUUAGAAACUAAUUCAAUUACAUCCGACAAAAGAUGCCAGUUGCUGCAAAAUAAACAUUUGAACACAGACAAUGUUUCUGCAAAUGAAACAACUUUUAGAGAAAUUAUACAAACAGACAAGUUAACAUGUAAAGCGGGUACAAGUUAUGAAAAUUCUACAAAUACUACAGGUAUUAAAAAUCUGAGUGAAGAGUAUAAGUACCCAAAUUAUCAUAACAGUAAUCAACAUGUUUCUUGGAAUAAUUCUAAUGUUCCAGCAGGAGUGAACAAAUCCUCAAUUUCUAUAGGAAAUUUGAGUUUGGGAAUACAUUCAGGCCACAUGCGUACAGACAUUCCUCCUUAUUCAAGAAAUUUGCACAAUCAGAACCUUUCUCAUAGUGUAAUAACAACCCAGACUCAUUGCCAUGUUAACAACACAUCAGUUCCAACAUCCUCAAGUUUCUCUUUCACAAAGAUUAAAAAUCCUCAGACUCUUCCUCAUUUUAGUCACAAUAGUGUAACACCAGGAAGUAAAUCUGACCCCAAAAUUUUGCAGCAUUCAGAGAAAAGCAAAACUCAGUUUGUCAAUUCUUUGCUUGGGGAGAAUGUAUCACCACAACUUUUGAAGAGACAGUUUUCUGAAUCUCAUAAACAAUCUACAAAAGAAGAAGAAGAAAAAAAUAGAAAAUAUUCUCCUGAAGAGAUUCAGAAAAAGAGACAAGAAGCUCUGGUUCGGAGAAUGUCUAAAGCACGGACAUCAUUUGUGAAUACAGCACAUUCUUAAUGUUCUGCAUGAAAAAAUAUUUUUGAAAGAGAAGUUGUGUUAAAGACUUUUUACAUCUUUCCUUGAUAGCAAAUAUUAUUUGUUUUUUGGUUUCUCUAUGAGAAAUUUGAUCCUGAAUUAUAAAGCAUGGACUUCUAUUUUAUUAUUUAAUGUUUACAAUUGUAAACGAAUGCUUCCUCCCAAAUAUAUAAAUAGUAGUUAACAAAAGUUUUUGCAGAGUCCAAAAAGGUUGCAAGAUUUAAAAUGUUCAUGUACAUCUUAAUUAUGUACUACUAUAAGUUUACGAGCAGAAUUGUUCAUUUUUAAACUAAUUAUGGAGAAUCAUCUCUGAGAGAGGUGAAACUAAAUUUUGUGAAACAGGUAACUUUUUUUUCUAUUACAGUUGGAUCUUAACAAUGUGAUAAUGGCCUGGUUUUCGAAUUUUUUGUUCAGUAUUUGAUUUGUUUAAUAUUUUUAAUAAGUUCUCAAAUUUUGAUAUUACUUGUUUGGGGGGUAUUGGAAAUAAAGUAUUUAAUUCCAUUGUAAACUAAUUA